AUGGUGAGGCCGCCAUGCUGCGACAAGCUCAGUGUUAAAAGGGGCGUCUGGACUCCAGAAGAAGAUGCAAAGAUGAUCGCAUUUGUCUCAAAGCAUGGAUCUGGUAACUGGACCUCUGUUCCCAAAAAAGCAGGUUUAAAGAGGUGUGGGAAAAGUUGCAGGCUCAGGUGGACUAAUUACCUCAGGCCAGAUCUUAAGCAAGAUAUCUUCACACCCCAAGAAGAGGAUUUGAUUCUUAAGCUUCACGCAGCCAUUGGAAGCAGGUGGUCUAUGAUUGCCCAACAACUCCCUGGGAGAACAGACAACGAUGUUAAAAAUUACUGGAACACAAAACUGAAGAAGAAGCUCACUGACAUGGGAAUAGACCCUAUCACCCACAAGCCCUUCUCUAAACUCCUAGCUGACUAUGGAAACAUUGGGGGUAAUCAGAAGCCAAGUACCCGAAUUGGGUCUCUCAGUAAAGACUUCAAGAACACAGUAUUGUUCAGAUCAGACCCAUUUCCGAAGCUACCUUCACCAAAAUUAGAACCGCCAACAGAAAGUAGCCUUUUCAGUAACAGAGAAGUGAUGGAGAAGGAGACGAUACCAGCAGCCAUACUUGGGGAAGGCUUCCUGUCGUCGUCGUCGUCGUCAAUUUCAUCACUGUCUACUUCUAUUUGUUCCAAUGCUGCCCACGAAGGCUUGUCUUUGCCCUUUUGUUGGAAUGAUUUUCUUCUUGAGGAUGUUUUCCCAUCUGCUGCUGAUAACCUAGAGAAUGAAAAUCCGACAAUGAACGAGAAUAGGAAUGAGGUGACGUCACAGCAAGUCCCAAGCAGUGACGUUCGGUAUUCAUCGCCAUCCUCUGAGAUUUCAUUCGUAGAAGCCAUGCUUGAUCAAGAAAAUGAGAUGUUCUUGAAUUUUCCUCACCUAAUGGAGGAACCGUCCACGUCCAACUACUGAGUUCCUAUCUGUUUGAUCAUUUGGUUUUAGAUUCCAUAGCAACCAGUAGAAAACAAGAUGAUCUUUGCG